CCUCAGUUUCACUAGAAGAACCAGAGAGAAAAUAUCUAAGUUAUCAACACAUCCCCAUAACAUCUGUGAAGUUCGAAACAAUCCUCAAUCUCUAUCUCUAUCUCUCAAUCUUAAUCUCUCUCGUCUUCGAUACUUCUCUCUUAUCUCUCUUCUCCUACACUCGGACCAGGUGUGGUUUUUGAAAUGGAAGCGAGUUUCUGUGGAGGCAGAUACGACUGAGAAGAGAGACUUUUGUUGAGGUUAAGAAAUACUGGACGAUGAUUGGAGCUUGAAUUUCGAGUGUAAGUGUGGUUUUCGAAAUGGAGGUGUGUUUUUCUGGAGAAAAUACACUCAAACUUGUCAUUUAGGGACACUAUGGGGACAAAUGAGGUUGCAAUUAUUGAAGAUCAUGGAACAAUUAAUACUAAUACAAACAGUAUUAGGAGGAAGACUCCCCUCCAGCUUAAAACUCUCGAGAGCUUGUAUUCGGAGGAUAACUAUCCCACACAAAGGGUUAUGAAAGAUUAUGCUGCGGCUUUAGGAUUGACAUACAAGCAGGUCAGGGGAUGGUUUUUUGAGAGGAGAAGAAAAGAGAAAAAUGAAAAUGGUAUGGGAGUAUCAUCAAGUAAGAAACUUGUUAGGGCCAAAAAUGGGAUUGGAGUCGUAGCUGCAAAAAAGAUAAUUAGGCGAGUUGGCUUGGCAGCUCAUUGUAGAGGAAACAUGUCUUCAUCUUCAACAUACAACAGGGCAUGCCUUGGGGCUCACCAUUGGCAUUGUUUUCGCAAUCAUGACUCUAGGGCUGUUGAGAGAGGGAAAAUUUUGAAUGAAGACUUAUCAACUACAGAUUACAUACUGAAGAAGGUGUUCCGAAAGGAUGGUCCCCCCCUUGGUGUGGAGUUUGAUUCUCUACCUUCUAGUUCAUUUUGCCAUUGUACAGAUUCCAGAAACUCCCAUCGUACUUGCCAAGAGAACCAAACAUCUUCCAAAAGGAGAAAGGUGGUGGUAGUGUCCAAGCCUGCUGUUUUACACCAGCAGUUUUGCAAUAAUAAGAGUGCUCCAGCAAAAAUACACGGUAUUGGAAAAGGUUUGAUGACAGUCUGGAGGGCAACAAAUCCCGGUGCUGGAGAUUUUCCUACUGGCAUUGAUUUUGCUGAUGGACAAGUUGCUGCUGUAUCUCCAACUUCAACUUCUAUACUAAGAAAGUCACUAAUAAAAAAGAAAAAGCCACGAAAACAGUCAUCCGUUACUAAAUGGAAAAGUGUAGGUGGUAAAUUGAAUGAUAAAAAGAAGCCUUCAAGAAAAAGGGGAAAGGUGGAAUGUAAUAAAGAUGUGAAUCAGAAGAAGCCAAAUAAAGAGAAAUGUGAACUUGCUCUAGAAGAAGGGAAAUCUCAAGAACACCUUGAUCAGUUUGCAAUGCUGAUGGAUGAUGAGGAGCUGGAGCUUCAAGAAUCGCAGGCAGGACCAAAUCCUGUGACAUGCUCUGCUCAUUUUGCUACCAAUGGACUACAUGGCUGUUCACUUUGCAAAGAUUUGCUGGCCAAAUUUCCUCCCAAUGCUGUUAAGAUGAAGCAACCAUUCUGUAUGCAACCUUGGGAUUCUUCUCCAGAGCUUGUCAAGAAAAUGUUCAAGGUCCUUCAUUUUCUAUAUACUUACUCUGUAGUAGUUGAUGUAUGCCCCUUUACCCUUGAUGAAUUUGCUCAAGCAUUUCAUGAUGAGGAUUCUUUGUUGCUUGGAAAAGUUCAUCUGGCCCUUCUCAACCUUCUUUUGUCUGAUGUGGAAACAGAGCUGAGCAGUGGGUUUCUCCCUCAUGUGAUUAAAAACUGCAAGUUUCUUGGGUUACUUCAAUCGGUUGGACAAAAUGAGUUUGUGCUGAAGUUUUGGAAGAGAUCUCUGAAUCCUUUAACAUGGACAGAAAUACUGCGUCAAGUUUUGGUUGCAGCUGGUUUUGGUUCAAGAAAAGGUACAUUGCGGAGGGAAGCCCUUGAUAAGGAACUGAAUCCUAUGGUAAAGUAUGGCUUACGUCCUGGUACUUUGAAGGGUGAACUGUUUAGUAUUUUAUCGAAUCAAGGAAAUAAUGGUAUGAAAGUUCCAGACUUGGCAAGGUGUGUGCAGAUUUCUGAAUUGAAUCUUGCUGGCACGACUGAUGAGCUGGAACUUCUAAUAUAUUCUACCCUUUCAAGUGACAUUACUUUAUAUGAAAAGAUUUCUAGCUCUUCAUAUCGUCUACGCAUUACUUCUCACACAAAUGAAGCUGAAAAUUUUCAAUCAGAUACUGAUGACUCUGGAAGCAUUGACGAUGACUCUAAGGACAGCAGAAAAUAUAGCAGUAGCGAUGAUUCUGACUCUGAUUCAGGAACUUCCAAUUUAGGGAAACUGAAUUAUAUGAACCAUCAUAAACAGAGAAAUGGCAUGUUGACUAUAUAUACUGAAAUUGAUGAGAGCAAUCCAGGAGAAGUAUGGUUAUUAGGAUUGAUGGAGGGUGAAUAUUCAGAUUUAAGCAUUGAAGAGAAGCUCAAUGCCUUAAUGGCUUUGGUUGAUCUUGUUAGUGGUGGAAGCAGUAUCAGAAUGGAGGAUCUUACAAAAGCGGUAGUAGAAUAUGUUCCUAACAUCCAUCAUUAUGGUUCUGGAGCAAAAAUAAAGAGAUCAUAUACAAAGCAACACAACUUGCCCACACCAGCACGGGGCCACUUUGGACAAAUGCUUGGUGGAAAGGAAAUAAAUCCAUCAUCUGAGUUAUGCCCAGUUGAUUCUUCCACAUCAAUCUCAAAAUUCCAUGGGAAAGAAAAGUUCUCUAGCAAAAGAAAGGAGACAAGAGAAGCAGAAGUUGGGUUGGAUUUACAUCCUAUGCAAUCUGUCUUUUUGGGGCCUGAUCGAAGGUAUAAUAGAUACUGGCUUUUCUUAGGCCCUUGUAAUGCAAAUGAUCCUGGUCACAAGAGGGUGUACUUUGAAUCUUCUGAAGAUGGUCACUGGGAGGUGAUUGAUACUGAAGAGGCUUUUUGUGCCUUGCUGUCAGUGUUGGAUGGCAGGGGUAAGCGGGAGGCUUUUCUUCUUGCAUCUUUAGAGAAACGGAAAGCUUCUCUCUGCCAAGAAAUGUCAAGCAGAAUAGCAAUCCAUUCUGGAAGCACGUCAUUGACACAAUAUGAUAGAUCUGACCUGUAUAUGAUUAGAGAAGAUAGUUCUUCUCCAGUAUCUGAUAUAGUAGACAACCCAUGCGCAACUGAUAUUACCAAUGAUUUUUUGGCUUCAUCUGGUGCCAUAGUUCUUGGAGUUGGAAAGAAGGGAGAAGAGCAAAAACAAAGAUGGCGCCGGCUCCAGGAAUUUGAUGCAUGGAUAUGGAGUUCUUUUUACUCUGAUCUUAAUGCUGUAAAACAUGGCAAGAGGACUUAUCUUGAUUCACUCGCUAGAUGUGAAAGUUGUCAUGAUCUGUAUUGGCGGGAUGAAAAGCACUGUAAAACUUGUCAUACCACUUUUGAGCUUGAUUUUGAUCUCGAAGAAAAAUAUGCGAUUCAUAUAGCGACAUGCAGGGAGAAAGAAGACAAUGACAUGUUUCCAAAGCAUAAGGUGCUAUCAUCACAGUUACAGUCAUUGAAAGCUGCAAUUCACGCAAUUGAGUCAGUCAUGCCUGAAGAUGCCUUAGUGGAGGCUUGGUCAAAAUCUGCUCAUAAGCUUUGGGUCAGACGCCUCAGACGCACUUCAUAUUUGACAGAGCUUUUGCAGGUUCUUGCUGAUUUUGUUGGUGCCAUCAAAGAGGACUGGUUGUGUCAGUCCGAUGUUGUGCUAGGUUCUAAUAAUCUUUUGGAAGAAAUUGUUGUAUCAUUUUCAACUAUGCCCCAAACAUCAUCUGCAGUUGCACUCUGGUUGGUGAAGUUGGAUGCCUUGAUUGCACCCCAUCUGGAGAGGGUUCAACUUCAUUCUAAAAAGAGAACAAGAAAUUAGUACCCGAUUUAAAGGUAAGCGCGCUCUUGAGCAAUAGAUAAACCAUUUUUGGGUUUGGUAGAUCAGAGGCUCAAAGAAUAAUUCCUUGUCGCCUCUCAUUGAGGACUCCGAAGCAUUACUAAUAGGUGAAACAGUUCCAACCUUCAGCGACAUUGAACCAAAAGACAAGAAUCAUCACCUAGAUGCUUCCCAACCCGAGUCCGAACAAAGUGAUAAAAAAAGUGAUAGGUCCAAGUUUGUACAAAGGGAGACUGCAUUUACUUCCACAUUUUUGGCCGAUAAGUUGUUGUACAGCAUUAUUAGAUGUAUUUGGAAAAAAAAUUGAGUUCCUGGUGCAUUAUCCUUGGCCAGUGAGCCCUUUGAUUCUGUAGACCAAAUUUUGAUCCCUGAUAUGAUGAAAUCUCAUAAAUUUCAUUCGCCUUUUGUGGAGACGAAUGUUACUGUUGCAACCUUCUAUAUAUUUUUUCAUUAAUGUAUAUCGCCUUGGCUGCCAA